ACUGUUACACAAUAUAUGUUUGGCCAUGCAAAUUUCUUUGUAUGAUGAAUGGCUCUUAGCUAUAUGUGUUUUUUGUCUAAAAAUUUGCAAAUAAAGUACGUAGCUUUAGGUUUAGGUUUUACUUCACAAAACAAAAACAACACAUGCCUGAGACGUGUUCGCGGGGCAAUCCACCAUACUUAAUUAAGACGAUGUAAAAUAUUGAAACGAACACAUGCUGAAGCGCGUUGCUAUUUACUCGUAUAUAAGCUAUGGAAACGCUAGAAAUGUUUCAUCGUUUAUUAUUAUUGAAAGAUAACAAUAACUUGACAGACCAUUUCCCCACUCAAAAGCAAUUUGUUAAAUACGCUAAAGUCUGCCAUGUGACAAAGGCAAGACGAUAUUUUUGUAGCUGAAGUGUGACAAUACACACCCGUAACAUUCAACCAGACGAUGCGUUACACAAACAAAAGAAAACAACCAUAAAAUGACAAACACUUGCAUUUAGAAUAGAAUCGAGUAAACGCUUGUUGACUAUCAUUGUAAAAUAAUAAAACUCAGCAACUCGAGGUAAACAUAGGAUAAUUUUAUAUAGAUUUCCCGCAGUGCACGAAUCGUAAACGAGGCGUACUUGUGAUUUCUUUUAGAUGCAAUAGAUGAUCAGGGAUGACUUCAACUUCUUUAAUAUUCGGCGUAUUUUGUGUUUUCACGAUAUUCUUGUCGGGAUUGGAAACAAAAAAUAUACACGUGUCAAACACUGCAUAUACUGAUGCGAAAGGUUGUGGGGAAGAAGAUCAACCAUGUCCAUCAAUAAUAGAAGCAGUUAAGAUUGCGAAAGAAAAUGAUGUUAUAAAAAUCUUGGCAACGAAGAAACCUUAUAAAGAAUGCCCAAUUGUUCUAACCAAGCCCCUGAAGUUGACUGGUCAUCACAAUGCCCCCCUUAUAGAUUGCAACGGCUUGGAUUUUCUGAAGGUGAAAAUAACGAAGAGUCUGACAAAACUAAACAACGUAAAAAUUGCAAAUAUGAAAAUCACAAAUUCAAACAUUGCAUUCUCAUUUUCGGUGCCUACAUACAAAGUGUAUUUGUUUCUUGAAAAUGUAAAUCUUCAUAAAAACAAUAUCGAUGUUUAUUGGAGAAAUUCUCAGUUGUGUUACCUGACGAUGGACAAAGUAAAAAUAAUUGGUGAAUCGGGAAAUGCUAUUGAAAUGGCAGGUUGUAACCAAACCGUUCUCAAACUGACAGCGACGAAGUUUUAUGGCAAAUAUAUAAACGUAAGAUCGACAGACCAAAGCUGGAUAUUGAGACUGACUCUAAAAAACGCACUUUUUGACAUGAGCAGUCGGUUGAUCCAUAAAACACAAAAAACCGAUGACACGGUUGAAACUUCACCUCUUCAUAUCGUCACAGCUUUGAAAAAAAAUAUUGUGAAUAUAUUCCAGUCGCACUUCCUGAAUCAUUUCGGGAGAAAAAACUCCAUGAUAAACAUCACUUCUUGUCAGAAAUGGUUCAAAAAACGAGAGAAAAGAGCAAAGUACCCCGCUUCUAUCAACAUCAACGUAUUUAACACGAACUUCACAAAUAAUACAGUUGAAAAUGGCACUGGCGCGGCUAUGUGGUUUAAUUUAUCGAACUGGCUAACGACAAAACCGCAUAUUCUCUUGAUUAGAGACUCCACUUUUAUCAAAAAUAAAGCUGUCAGCGGUGGGGCGGUGUGGUUCUCCGACUGGAAAAACAAGAGUGUCCAAUUUGAUAAGUGUGAAUUCGUAGAGAACGAGGCAUCCGUGAGCGGGGGAGCAUUACAUGCAUCGGGAGGCCGAUUCAACAUCAAAGUCUCAAGAUUUGAAAAUAAUGCGGCAUCCAAAGCUGGAGGUACCAUUUUCUUCGGGAAUGUAGGGGAAAAACCGUCGACAAUAAAUUUUGACAACUCGACAUUUAAAAACAGACCGUCUUCAUGGAAUCCCAUUGAAGGGGGUAUUAUAUACAUUGACAAGGCCGAAUCAACAUUCAAAAGGAAAGUUAAAUUCGAUAUUGCUUCAAACAACAUGGGCAAGCCUAUAUUUUUUUACGAUGGUAAUCCCUCGGUUUUAAAGAUGAACAGCAUCAGUGAAUUUCACUGUCCAAAAGGAUACAGCUACGAAGAAACGCUUUACACGUACAAAAUUGAAAUGAAGAAACCGUAUAAGGGAGAAGACCUCCAAACUUAUCACAGAUUUUCUUUCGUAUGUAAACCUUGUCAAGACAUGUUUUACACAAUGUCACGUGGACGGUAUAUUACCAAGGGAACGAAGAAAGACGCGAAAUGUCACCCAUGUCCGGACGGAGCAUCGUGUAACGGUACAAUCCGAGCCAAAGCAAAUUUUUGGGGAAGAGUGGUCGGUGAAAAGGUUGAAAUGCUGCCUUGCCCCAAAGGUUAUUGUUGUGAUCGUGAACCUUGCUUGAGUUAUGAUGUCUGUCGUGAAUAUAGAACAGGAACAUUAUGCAGUCAUUGUUCUCAAGGUUACACGGAAACAAUGAGCUCAACAAAAUGUCAUCGUAAUGAGAUUUGCAAUGGAGCUUGGUGGUUUUGGCCUCUUGCUAACCUUGGCAUCAUCUUCUUUUUGCUUUGCUUUUAUCAAGAGGUGAUAACGUUUCUUACCAAAUGGUUACUAUGGAGUGAUAGCAGUGUUAUUGGCAGUGAUGCUUGCGAGUACAGACCUAACGAACGAAAUCUUGACGAAACAAAAAGCGAAACAGAAAAUGAUUCUAGAAGCUCUCGCGAAGCAAUAGAAGUUGUUUUACCCCGACAACCGUACGGUGGUAUUCAAGAAAGCGAUGAUUACAACAACACGGGAGGUUUUUUGAAAGUUUUUUACUACUUCUAUCAGGUUGUAUUUCUUAUCCGUCUUAAUUCUGUUGUCGAAACUUCUUCCAUAACAAACAAUAUCUUAGACUUCCUGAUGCCAUUGAUCAAUUUUCAGUUCUCAAACUUCUGGGCAUGCGCAGGCAGAAAUCUCACGCCGGUGAGGAAGGUUGUUUUGAAGAACAGCGUUGCCUUCUGGUUGUUCAUCUUUAUAUUACUAUCAUAUUGUGUGUAUCGUUUCGUAAAGGGAUGUCGGGGUAUUCAAAUUGAUGAUUUACCUAACUUCAAAUCGCGAUCCUUCCCUGUUCGUUUGGUAGGCAUGACUGUUCACGUCAGUCUUUUGUCUUACAUUGCUCAAACACAAUUGAUUGGGCAACUUUUGGAUUGUGUCAAUAUUGGCAAUGAAAAGGUGCUCUAUAUUAGUGGUUCUAUCAAAUGUUACACUCCAUGGCAAGUGUUACUGUGGAUAUAUUUUUUCGCGAUCACCAUUCUUUAUCCGGUCGCCCUUUUACUCGGUUCAAUACUACUGCGUCAAAAAAGAAUCACUCACAGAGAGUUCAUUUGCGCUUGUUUCGUUCCUUUACUUGUAAUGCUCAUAUGGGCUUAUAAAUCCUAUCUUCAUUGGAGAAAGGUGAUGAACUGGGAACAGUUGCCAAACGAAAAUGACCCUUAUAGAGAUAAGAUCAAUUACAUCCUGCAAUAUCCAUACAAAUCGCGGCAAUUCGUCCAUGCCACUAUCGUGGAACAUUUACGUGAAAACUGGGAGACUGUCCUGAUUUCUCGACGACUAAUUCUUGUCCUUUUCUUCAUUUUUACUAAAUCAUAUUUCAUGCAGGCCUUCUGGUUCAUUAUUGCAUCAACAUUGUUUCUGUGGAUGCAUGUUUUUGUUCAACCAUAUAAGAACAACACCGUAAACAAGCUUGAUAUGAUCGCUUUAAGCAUUAUAGUGAUUUUAUCCAGUCUAAGUCUUGUGGAAGUAAUGUACCACAAUGCAAGCCUUGUCAUUCAAAGCGAGAUUGAAAUGAUAAAAAAGCUAGAAAGUUGGUUCUUGGCAUGCCUUCCUUUCGUUCUUAUUGUGUUGGUUUUUGCGCCACGCUUUAAGUACUGUUUCCUUAAGUGGGGGAUUUCCAAGCGCAAGAAGAAAAAUAUUGAAAAAGCAAACAAUACAAUAAUUGUUAGCGGCCAAGUAGCCAACGAAGGAUCACCACUGUCACCAUGACAAUAACGGAGUAAGCAGCUAUAUGUUUCUCUCUGUUAUCUAUGUCCGCACGACUUUUGGGAUAAAAUAGUUGCACAAAAACUUGCAUAGUUUAUAGUAUGAAUAUUUUUGUUAAGAAGUGCUUUGUGCACUUUUCACCUCUGAAGCUAUGAGUCAAUAAGAUCACUAUCUAUAAAAGUACCAGGAAUGUCAAUUUCUGAUAGAAAUGCCGGAUUAUGUGACUAUCAAAGACUGUCCUCACUUCUUGUAUUUCAAUAUUGUUAAAUAAUGAUAGCUUCGAUAAUUUUGAAUAAUUUUGAAUUUUUGUGUUUCUACUUAGGAGUUAGUUUACAAUGAAAAUAAUGAAAUGAAUAAAAUACUGCCAUUAGAGUUUACCUCUUUUAA